AGACACUAAAAUCACCAAGACCUUUUCUUAUUGGCUCUUUUUCUUUCUCUCUCUCUCAUCUGAUCGAAGAGAAAUAAAGGAAUCACUUAGACAAAAAUGGCGAUGUGGGUUUUUGGUUACGGCUCUCUCGUAUGGAAAGCCGGUUUCAACUUCGACGAACGACUCGUCGGUUUCAUCAAAGGCUACCGCCGCGUAUUCUAUCAAGGCAGUACUGACCAUAGAGGGACACCGGAGUUUCCAGGGAGAACGGUGACUUUAGAGCCUGCCGAUCCCCACGAAGUCUGUUGGGGUGCUGCUUAUAAGAUUACCAAGAAGGAAGACCAAGAAAUUGCAUUAACGCAUUUAGAAGUGAGAGAGAAACAGUAUGACAAGAAGGCCUAUGUUGAUUUUUUCACUGAGCCUUUGGCUACUACUCCAACUGUUUCAGGAGUAAUGGUAUAUAUUGCUUCUCCAGACAAGAAAGCCAAUGUGAACUACUUGGGCCCAGCUUCCAUUCAAGAUAUUGCCAAGCAAAUUGUUCAAGCCGAAGGCCCCUCGGGACCCAACAGAGACUACCUAUUUCAGCUUGAAAAGGCUCUUCUUCAAAUUGGAUGUGAAGAUGAACAUGUAAUUGGUCUCGCGAAUGAAGUGAGGCGAAUCCUCUCAGAAUCGGAAUCAAUUUCGCACAAUUCAUGAUCCUAUUGAUUUGAUCAUGCAAUUUCAGUCUCAUACAAAUAAAUAAAAGAAAACUUUGAUUUAGCAGUGUAGAAUUGAGAUUUAUAGAAAAGGGGCAAAUUGAAAUUGUUCCAACAUUCAAAUCUUUUCUUUAGUAUAAGUGUCAUUUUGGCUUAUACAAAACUAAUUUGUAGAUUGGAAUUCUAGUAAUGAUUUCUCCUCUCAUGUUUUGGAUCC